AUGGCUGCCCUGUCAACGCCGAUCAGUGGCCUGGCAAUGACGCUGUCCGUGCUCCAGCGCCGCGACAACACCAUCACCCGCGUUGUGGACAAGGCGACCUCUGCGACGCUCUACGAGUUUGACCAGGCCACCAAGCAAUGGGCUGCCACAAGCGACGUGACCGAAUACGUCACUCCAGACGUCCAAUUCCAACAGGCGGCAGGUGCAAUCUAUGGUAUUUGGUUUUACUCUCCGGAAGAGCGUGAGCGGAUUGGCAACUUGUUGAUGAGCCAAAACUCUGCUCAAAGGGCCCCCGCGCAAGCACCAGCAGCUCAUCCAUACCACCCAGGCCAACAGAAUGGCGGUGGCGCACCAACAAUGAACGGGCCGCCGAUGGUGCAAGGCUUUGGUGCAAAUCCCUACCCGAUGGCAUACGUGCCUCAAAAUACGAUGGGCAUGAUGCACGGUCACUUUGCUGCGCCUGGAAUGAUGCCACAACCAGGCGUUCCCUACCACGGGCCCGCUCCUGGAGUCGCUCUAGUUGCGCCGAUUCCGUCUGGCGGUCAUACAGCAGCACCUCCGGCUGGUACCAAAGUAGAUGUGAUGGAAAUGAUGAAAAAGGCAGCGCAAGACCAUCAACAACGAGUUGCUAGCGGUGCCCAGUCGACAUUUGCAGGAGCCAAUCCAGCGGCUGCUCUGCCACACCCUGCCUCACCGGCUCAGCCUCGACCUCCUGGGCCGAUUCCUCAGCAACAACUUCAGUCUCACUCUUCUUUCGAAGAUCCAGCAAUCCUCCAGGCAUCGUCUGCCAAGCCUUCCGCCGCCGACAAGACCUCAGUUCAGCGACAGCUCUUCCCUUCAGAUAACUCGGCUGCUGCAAGUGGCAUCUUGCCGACACCUAUCAACGGCGUGAACAAUAGCAUCUCUGAAACCGAUGCGAACAGCGACCCCGCCGAUCUGCUUGGCACCAUUCUUGGCCGCGCUUUGAAAACUCUCACUACGGCAGAAGCCCCCAACCCCGCCGAGGAUGUGCUGCUCUCCCCGCUCGACUUGCAAGCUGCCGCUCGCCGAAACUCUGCCGAGGCUGCGGGCGCUCCAUUCCGUUCCAAAAAGCCGCUGACCAAGGACGAGCUUCGCCAAAUUCUCAUCUCCAAACUGACUACCGACGACACGUUCGUCAACAAUCUGUUCCGCGACUACACCCGUCGAUGGAAACAGCAACAUUCCCAGCAACAAGCGCCGUUGACUCGUCCUCUUUUGCCGCAGUGA